AUGUCCGUCAGCCCUCCAACACCACUGUUUUCCCAGAAGUCGGACAACUGUGAAGGCGUGUCGCUAAUUCACAUUGGCAACCGUGUCUUCGGGGAUGAGAACACUGUGAUCGAGAAGCACGAAAUCACAGACGACACUGUAACGAGGCUGCUCAAGCUCAUGAACGGAGUCGCCCCCGGCGCGUUCGAACAGCGCGCCACCAACUCGCGCGGCGUAGCCGUGCUUUCCAACGGGACACAGUACUUCACUGCGAAUGCUUCGGUUGCAGGUCAGAAGGGCCCGGGUGGCGACGGAUGGGUGAAAUCAAAGUGUGAAUCGUCUAUGAUGCGACCGUUGUGGCUCACUGUCAGUUGCACUGGGUCUCCUCCUGUUUAUAUGGGUAACAUUGCUGUCUCUGGCCAUUGGUCUGGGGAUCAAGUACGGUGUGGCCUGGGGGAUUCCUUCGUUAUUCCUCGCGGCGGUGUCGGCUCCGCUCGCGAAAGCUCUGGUCUUUCAGUGGGAAACCUGGAGGGCACCUCUUGCUCGCAAGGCACAGAGUCCUCCCCAAGGCAGACCUUGAGAGAACGUCUUCGGCGUCUAGUCCGUUGA